UAUUAUAAAUGACAUUAGAACUGUAAUAUUUCAGAAAGCUUUUCUUCCUUUGGAAUGAUCCCUUGCACCUGUAGAUCUGGAAUAACUGUCUGCAUCACUUCCACUGUUUUGAAUAUGUCAGUUUUUUUUUAAUCCAUUGAAAAGGAGGGUUGUACUAAGGAAGCAAAAAAAAAAAAAGGCUUGGGGAUGACAGACAAGGAAAGCUGUAAUCUCCUGCGUUGAUCAAUCAGCUGAUUUGCUGAGGGUCCCAUAUAAAUAUAAAGAGCAGCAGCAUUUGGAGAGCUCCAAGUCUGUACAACACAAGUAAGGAGAAGCAGAGCCUGACCACAGCGCCCUCUACUGGCCACACGGAAUACCUACACCGUCCAGAUGCAACCUGCAAUGAUGAUGUUCUCCUCCAAAUACUGGGCUAGAAGGGGGAUGUCCCUGGAUUCUGCAAUGUCCCAGGAUUUUCUAAGCAACUCAUCUCGAGACAAAUUGAAUGCUGUGAAAAUUGAUGAGAACAAAUGUAGCAAAACUGAACCAGCUGUUGAAAUAGAAAAGACAGCAGUUGUCCUCACUUUGAAAAACGAAGUCGGAGGUUUAUUACAAGAUUUAAAAAUUUUUAAGGAAAAAUAUGUGAGUAUCAGUCAUAUUGAAUCAAGAAAACCAAAAAAAGGCAACUCUGAGGCAGAGGUCUAUGUUGAGUUUGAAUGCACUAAGAAGAAAUACCAGGAACUCAUUCAUCUGCUAAAACUUCAGCCAAACAUUAUCUGUGUGAAUCCAGCAGAGAGAAAAUGGAGAGAAGAUGAAGAACUUGAUGGAGUGCCAUGGUUCCCAAGAAAGAUCUCAGAACUUGACAAGUGUUCCCACAGGGUUUUAAUGUACGGCUCUGAAUUGGAUGCUGACCAUCCGGGAUUUAAGGACAAUGUUUACCGGCAAAGAAGAAAAUAUUUUGUGGAUGUUGCUAUGAACUAUAAAUAUGGGCAGUCAAUUCCAAGAGUGGAGUACACAGAGGAAGAGAUAAAAACUUGGGGUACAGUGUUUAAAGAACUCACGCAGUUGUAUCCAACUCAUGCCUGCAGAGAAUAUUUAAAGAACUUACCUCUAUUAACCAAAUACUGCGGAUACAGAGAAAAUAAUGUACCACAACUGGAAGACGUGGCAGUAUUUUUGAAAGAAAGAUCUGGAUUCACUGUGCGACCAGUUGCUGGCUAUCUCUCCCCAAGAGACUUCUUAGCUGGACUAGCUUAUAGGGUCUUUCACUGCACCCAAUACAUCAGACAUGGAUCAGAUCCUCUAUACACACCUGAACCGGACACGUGUCAUGAGCUCCUGGGGCAUGUUCCUUUACUUGCUGAUCUUAAAUUUGCCCAGUUUUCCCAAGAGAUUGGACUUGCUUCACUGGGAGCAUCUGAUGAAGAUGUUCAAAAACUUGCAACUUGCUACUUUUUUACUAUUGAAUUUGGUCUUUGCAAACAAGAUGGACAGUUACGCGCAUAUGGUGCAGGACUGCUCUCUUCCAUUGGGGAACUGAAACAUGCCUUGUCUGACAAAGCUACUGUGAAAACGUUUGAUCCAAAGACAACUUGCUUGCAAGAAUGUCUUAUCACUACCUUUCAGGAUUUGUACUUUGUGUCAGAAAGCUUUGAUGAAGCCAAGGAAAAGAUGAGAGAGUUUGCCAAGUCAAUCAACCGUCCCUUCUCAGUUUACUUCAAUCCUUAUACCCAGAGUGUGGAAAUCCUUAAGGACACUAGGAGCAUUGAAAAUGUUGUGCAAGACCUGCGUAGUGACCUCAACACAGUGUGUGAUGCUUUAACGAAAAUGAAUAAAUAUUUGGGCAUAUGAUUUUCACUGAACAAACAAGUGAUCCUUAGUAGACAUCUUCAGUUCAGCAGUAACACUCAAAGCCGCACACUCCCAGGCUUAUCCAUCUCUCUCAAUCAAGCUCCAAGUAAAAACAGCUGGAAAACCAAUUUGAAUAAAAAUGCCUAGCCAUAUUUCUAUUUGCCAACACAUUAACAAAGACGUUCCUGCUUUCGCACUAAUAUUGGGAGACCAAACAAAAACAUUUGUUUCUUCAGUCUGAAACUCAUGAAAUAUAAGCACAAUAUAUUUGCUAUAAUUGCUUAAAUAGGUAAGUCAAUGUGAAGUGCUGAUCUAGUUGUUCAAUAUCUGUAAAGACAUUACUGAUUAAGCUUGCUCUGACACUGUAGAAUCUUGUAAAGCAGAAAAUGUACAAAGCUCACUUCAUCUAGUCUGGGGCACAAUACAGAACAUUUAAGGUGAUGGAGCAGGAUUUUUUUGCAAUACAGCUGAGAAAUUAAACAAGGCUAAAGGUUAGAUCUAAGUCCUUAAAGCAGAACUGUCAUAGUAUAAACAAAAAAAACCUGCACUACAUUCCAGGUAUAUGCUGAAAUAAAUUAUAUAUUUACUAUUUUAAAUUAUUUUUUUAAUUAAAGAUGCCAAUAUUCUACAGUUAUAAAUAUUAUAGAAUAUAUAGAAAUUAUAUUUUGUUUGGAUAACACAGUUGAAAGUGUUCACUUAUUAUUAUAUAUAUAUUUAGAGCUGAAUUUCAGGCAAAUGGCAAAAUACGCAAAUUAAAUAUAUAUAAAUAUAAGGGAGCUGUUUGUCUGAUAUAUCUAUAUCUAU